CUCCAUCCAUUACCAACUACUACUACUCCUACUCUAGCUACUGAAGACUGCGGAGAGAAACUUUGAUCCUGCACAAUGAAGGUCCAGCUCAGAUCCUGCUGCUUUGCUCUGCUGAGCACUCGCUCAAUUCUGACAAGUACUGCUCAGCUACUCAAGCAUACACACCCACAAACACCCUUUUUCAGGGACCUCGUCAGUAGUAGUACACCACAAGACUUGCCCUUCACACAAUGGCUCACUGCACAAAAGAAUGUUUCCUUGGCAGGACUCUUUCGCAACAUCUAUGGUGUCGACUCGCCCUAUCCUGGUGUCGUCAUUGCAGCGCCACAAGACGGUGCAAACUACUAUUAUCAAUGGACUCGAGAUGCAGCGAUUGUGAUGAAGCCUGUAGUCAAGCUGUUUGCGGGCGGUAGGAAAGAUCUAGAGUCCUUGAUUAGGGCAUUCAUUGCGAAUACUGCAAAAUUGCAAAAAGUACCAAACCUCAGUGAUGGACUGACUGAAGGUGUGAGUCGUGGACUUGGCGAGCCAAAGUUCUACGUCAAUGGCACAGCAUUUAAUGAAGACUGGGGUCGUCCACAGCAUGAUGGUCCAGCGUUACGUGCUCUUGUCAUCAUGGAAGCACUGCGUCACUUUAAGGAUACAGCAUACGUGUCCGAGACACUUCAAAAUAUAGUCAAGCCAGAUGUGGAGUACGUUUCACGUACUUGGCAGGACGACAAAGGCUUUGAUCUUUGGGAAGAACAGCAAGGGUUGCACUUUUUCACUAACAUGGUGCAAUCUCGGUGUCUGCGAGAGGCUGUGGAAGUCUUUUGGCAGGCUGGUGAUACGGGUGCUUCAGAGUGGUAUCGAAUGCGGCAUCAAGAACUCGCAGUACAGAUUGAAGCGUUUUGGGAUUACACAAACGAAGGUACCUUCAAGUCGCACAUGUCGCUAAAGAGGAGUGGCAAAAAGACGGGUGUGGACUGCGGCAACCUAUUAGGUGUGCUGCAUGGUGCUGGUGGAACAGCACCGCUGUAUCGUCCGUCUAGUGCUAAAACAUUGGCAUCCUUGGUAUCGCUGGUGAAAUCCAUGCAGUCGCUAUACCCACUCAACAAGAAGUUGAAUGGUGUUGCUAUUGGUCGUUACCCGUCUGAUACCUAUGACGGACAUUCGACACAUUCACUGGGGAAUCCUUGGUUCCUGUGCACGUCGACAGUUGCAGAAGUCCUGUACCGUGCCAUGCGGGAGAUUGCGGCCGUCAAGCAAUUUCAGGUGAAUGAGAUUAAUGUCUAUUUCGCACAAAUGGUGGACAGCAAGCUGAAAUCAGGGCAGACUCUGAAAGACACAGAGCUGACGGACUUUCUAGACAAGAUGCAUCGAUUUGCAGAUUCGUUCUUGGAAGUGGAGCAGCAGUUUGUGACCAAGUCCCUGGGCAUGUCGGAGCAGUUUCACCGCGAGGAUGGCAAGCAGAUGGGUGCGCGUGAUUUGACGUGGAGCUAUGCUGCAUUUUGGAGUGCGGUGGAGGCGAGGGAGGGUGUGAGCAUAUGACCGCUGUAAGUACAAGUCAGUAUAAGUCACGUAAGUAUAAGUACAAGUAAGUCAAAG